AGGCGCCUUGGGAUGAAUUAAGGCCACUGCAUUAUUUUGCUCUAAAAACAGACAUUAACACAGCUGCACAGAGUGGAUAUUUUCUGUAUGGUGGCAAUACCGACUGGGGCUGACACUUAACCCGCGUUUUAACGCGUUUCGCUGGGUUAACUGGUGUUUUAUCUUCAGCUGUGGAUGUCUGAAUGGUGUACUGAGACGUAGAAAAAAAGCGAGCUUCCCCUGGCAGGCAUCAUCCCCCUCAGUCAGUCUGACCGCCCACAGUCCGGAGGGAGAGAGAAAGUGCUGCUUUGUGAAUGAAGGGAGCGGCGGAGGACAGAAAACAAACUUUACCAACAUUAUUUACGACCGGUUUUUACAUUUAGCCGGGGAGGUUUCGACGGUGCAGCUAGCGACACCUGGCCGAAAAGGACCAAGAAAACACGAAGCCAGAAUCCAGAAGUUGUAAACAUGGUGGUCAGUUUGGCCUGCGUGGCCUGUCUCUGCCUGGUGGUGGUUGUCAUUGGUGACCCCUGCCUCAUCAUCAGCGAGAUCAACGCCGACAACCCCAGACUGGACACCACAGAGUUUGUGGAGUUGUAUCACACCAGCGGACAGCGAGCCUCUCUGGAUGGCUACACCCUUGUGUUCUAUAAUGGAAAUGGAAAUAUAGCCUAUAAGGUGCUGGACCUCAAAGACCACAGCACAGAUGACAGGGGGUUCUUCCUGGUGGGCUCGGUGGACAUGCUGCCCAAACCGGCCAUCCUCCUGCCACCCAACACAGUCCAGAAUGGCCCAGAUGCCAUUGUCCUCUAUCAUACAUCUGCUGCUCGCUACAGUGAGAAGAUGAAUGUCACAGCCCACGGGCUAGUGGACGCUGUUGUUUACAUGACUCGCCGUACGGGGGGCGCAGAGUUCCUCGCUGAGACUCUGACGCCAGGAGAAGUGGCCUUCGUCGAGGAUGAAACAGCCCUGGAGGGGGACGAGUCAAUUGAGAGGUGCUUGCUGUCUGAAGAUCGCUGGGGAUUUCAGGUGUCCUCGCCAUCCCCAGGUCAGAGGAAUAACUGCACCCCUCCUGCCGCCCCAGCAAACAAUCCUAUCAUCACCGAGCUGAAGCUGGGAGGAGGGCAAGUGGACGGGUUUGUGGAGUUCACAGAGGCUCCAGCUGCAGGGCCUCUGGUGCUGGUUGUGUUGGAUGGGAGAACGGACAGGGUCAGCGUGAGCGUGGAUGUCAAUGCUGACACCUCCAGGAACGGUUGGAUCACGGUGACCAUAGAGAAGAGCUACAUGAAAGGAGAUGAGUCAGGGGCAGUAGCUAUCUAUAGUGGCAGAGCCUCAGACUUCCCUGUGGGCAGUCCGCUUAGCCAGAUUCAGCCUCUAGAUGCAUUUGUGUUUGCUGGACCAGGAAAUAAACCUAGUGCCAACCUAACAGAGACUCUUAUCCCUGGCAGAGAGCCCUACCAACUCAGCAACAGUUUGAGAGAGGGUGGCUUCUAUCUGAGUCGCUGUGGUGUUGCAGACUGGGGUAGAGAUCCCGGUGUCUUCUGGGAGGCCCCGCAAACUCCGGCACAGCCCAACCAGUGCCCCUGGCCAAAGAUCUGCCCGCACAGUAUUGUGAUUCCAGGAGGUACAGAUUCACCACCUCACCUCCCACCCUGGGGGAACAGUGACUUCUUAAUCAAUGAGCUGAACACAGAUACACCUGGCGCGGCUGAGGAUGGCGAGUACAUUGAGCUGUGGCACCCAUCAGGACGCCGGGUCUCCCUGCAGGGCAUCUGGAUACUACUGUUCAGUGCACACAACAACAAACCGUACAGGGAAAUCAGCCUGAGUGGACACUUCACCACUUCUAAGGGCUACUUCCUGCUGGGUAGUGACAGGCUGGUGCCAGCUCCAUCACUCCGCCUGCCCCCCAAUACCAUCCAGAAUGGACCAGACGCUGUGGCGCUCUAUCGCAGCCCUUUUGGGCCACCAUCAGCCGCACAGAGGGGGAUCCCCACCAAAGGUUUGCUGGAUGCAGUCGUUUACCGGCAGAGAGGAUCAGAUAAGGAGGCACAGGAGCUGAGUAAAGCUCUCACCCCGGGACAGCUGCCUCUGCUGGAAGAUCCAGAGGUUCUGCCUGGUGAUGAGGCCCUCAGCCGCUGUAGAGGUCUUUACCCCCAUGACCUGUCUGCCUUUUCAGUGGCUCCACCUACGCCUCUGAGGGAGAACAGCUGCCCUCGCCCCCCUCCAGCCCCUGAGGGUGUGGUCAUCAGUGAGGUGGCAAGUGGCCACUGGACCAAUCACAGCCAGCAGAGGGGCUUUGUGGAGCUGCACGGCCCUCCCAUGACAGACCUUCGGGGCCUGGUGCUCUCUGUGUUUGACCAGGAACGCAGUGGAACCAUCAUUGCUCUUCCUUUGACCGGAUCCAUUGACCAGGACGGAUUUUACAUCAUUGGAAAUGUCACUGGAGCAGAUCAGACUUUCCCGGAGGGCUCCACAGUGCCGGUACGAGGAGCAGUAGUCCUGUGCUAUGACCUGUUCAGUGUCUGUAGAGCUGGCACGGCUCUGACUAAUUCCAGUCUCAGAGAUGUACUUGUGUUCAGUGAAAACCAGCAGCUGCUCUCAUCUCUGUCCACCACCAGAGGGAGGCAAGUGAUACCAGCUACCAGGUCAGUGGAAGAUGGCCCUGUUUCGCUCAGCCGUUGCUCGUGUUGCGAGGUGAGGAGCCCCUCCUCCUGGACAAGCUCCUCGCCCACACCUCACAGUGCCAACCUAUGUCCAAGCUCCGCCUUCUCAAGUCACAUUGACCUCUGCCUUGGACCCCUCUCCAGUGACUGGCAGGAGCAGACGGGAGAUUGCAGUGGUCUAAUCCAGGGGAGGAGGGUCGCUGAGGUGGCUCAAUACCUGGAGCAGAGAUGUCACUGUGGCAUCUCUGCCUUGUAUCUGCAAGGAGCCAACUUUUCCUGUGGGUCUGGGUGGCUGCGAGUGUGGGGGAGCAUCCAAGCGCUGUCAGAUCAUCAGAAGGCCCUCAUCAUUCAGACAUCUCACAUGGAUCCUUCACCUGCUCAGGGAGACGUCUGCUCUGCUCCAACCACAGACCGUUACACAAGCACAGCGUCUGCCCUGGGGUUACAGAUAGGGCUGAUAGUAGCAGUGCUCCUGCUGCUGGGACUAGGAGCUGCACUGUUUACAUAUUUCUACAGGAGGAGGCGCCCUCUGGACUACUACACCAUGGAGCUGAGUGAACACGCAGAGGGACUGUCAGAUCUAUAAUCCAGGUAUCUUGAAGUGCGCAUGCGCGUGGGAGGACUUCAGCAGAGAGAGAGGGAGCGGCAGGGAGGUAAUGAGAGGUUUAUUUGACCUGUACGUAUCCGAUUGCGCAGUUGUUGAAAUGAAUGCCACCACAAGUGUCUUUCUGUGUGUCUUUUGAAGAUCACUGAUGAAAUGACUCAAAGUUUACUUUUAACAGCGUGGUUGCAUCCAGUGACGUGAUAUUUUAUGGCACCAGUGACACUUAAAUCAGGCAGCCCAUGAAAUUUUAAACACAAGAUAAUAACAUAUUUUACUAAAGGUCAGUGCACAACUUUUGCCUGUGCUGGUUACUACUUUUUAAGGAAAAGGGAGGAUUUUGUUUUUAAUACUUGAGUCCUAAAUGGUCAUUUUUGUUGACUUGUUUAUGUUACUGUGGAAAAAGCCUUUUAAAUUUAAAAAAAAAAAGUAAACAACCAUGCUACGCAGGAAGCUCUAUCAAUAUCAUGACCCCCAUCACGUUCUCUGUUUUAACAGCAGACUUGUAACCAAGAUAAUAUUCAUUAGGCUCACAUUUAGUCUUCCAAACGGUUGACUUCCUGCUCUGUUUUCCUGCUAAAUGCUGUAAAACUAUAGUGUCUCAAAGGGCUUGAUUGUCUUUUAAAUGUGAAUGUCUUGAGCUAACUUGUGAUGAGUGUUUGUAACCACUUUUGUAUGCUUACUUCAAGCAAACUGUUUACAUUUUCUCAAUCAGAGAUUAGAAGGGAUGUGAGAGUAAUUCCUUGAAUGAAGAGUACUUGUUCUUAGAAAUAAGAGACUGCAGAAGAAAAUCGGAAGUAUGUUUUCUUUCAGUUAUGUUUUUUUAGUGGCUCAGAAACCUCUACUGUGCCUUUUUAUUUAAGUGUAAUUUGAUCAGCUGUUAUCGCCUUUAUUAGAGGGAAAGCACAGCCAUCUCUGCUGCAGCUAUAAGUGUAAAUACUAUGGAUAUUUUGUUAGUUAUUCUUUGAGGGAGGUGGCAGGUAUCCCCAAUCUGAAGUAAUAACUUAUUGUAGAAAGAAAGAAACUACUGUUGAUGGGUUAAGAGCAAAAAGUGAAAUAAUAUUUUGAUUGGUUAAAGGAAUAGUGUGUAGGAUUCAGUAACAUCUAGCGGCAAGGUUUGCAAACUGCAACCAGCACAAACUCCCAUGUGCGUAGUGUGAACUUCCAGUUAGGAUUCCUUCAUUGUUCCUUGCUUAGGAGGUUCAUACAACAAGCCGAAUUAUCCGCAGAGGUAUCUUCCUCUCCAGAACAAAUGAACCUGUUGAUCUCAACCAGUAAAAACAUGAAUAAAGCAAUUUAAUGUUUAAAAUAAGUGUUUCUCCAAAGCUGUUUGGCUUGUUGCAGAUGGGCUGCUAAAUUCGGUGACCAACACAAAAUCACAGUUGGCCCCAUCUAGAGUUGGUGUUAGGUUUGUUAGUUCUGGGCUGAACAUGGAGGACUUUGAGGGGGACCUGCUUCCUAUAUAGUUAAAGAAGACAUACUUAUUACAUUUUAUUUUGUUUUUUGUCAAUAUAUCCCCCUAAAUCCUGCACACUGGACCUUUAUAUUAGCUUGAUUCACUUGUUUUUAUUGAGAUUCAAACAUCUGCAAAGCAUAAUUUGGAAGUCAUCAUAAAAUUGCCAAUGUGAAGUGCCAUGAAAUAAAUGUAUAAGACUGGAUAUGCUCCAUUUUUAAUAUAGUUGAUGUGCCGCUUGCCUUGUACUUUUGCCUUACUCAUCUGCUGUGGUGCACAGAAUUUGUUUGUUUGCUUUAAUUGCCUUUGAGAUGAGGUUUUCCUCCUCACUACCAUCUUCCUCAGAUCUAAUUUCUCAGCAUUGACAUGUAAUAAUACACCUCUGUCAAGGUACACUGCAGCCUUCAUCUGCAUUUUGAAGUUCAGCUAACUUUAUAAAAAUUAAUGAAAACCAGUAAAAUCAUGUAUAUUAAGGCCUUUUUUUUGCUUUUAAGAGCCUAUCAGACAGAGUGCACUUUAGCAGCUUUGGGUGACUUUUUGUAGUGGUUUGCAUCAAUGAGAGUGAAGCAUUUUGCUCGCAGCUGAGCACAUGUUGUUUUUGUUUUGUUUUGGGGGUUUUUUCCUCUAUGCGCCUCAUGUCUUUGCAGAAGCACCCUGAACAUCUUGAGUUCAAAAACUCUCAACUCAGACCAGAAAAAGAGCCCAAAGUCAGUGGGAUUUUUUCCUAUUGUUUAGUCAGAUGAAUUGAGGGGCGAGUCUUUUGUGAUGGCGAUGACAGCAAGUGGUAGCAUACAGUGUUACUCUACUCUACUGUAGAUUUUCAGAUGGCCUCAGACUCAUCCUAAAAUAAGCCUCCAACUGACUUUCAUCGAGGUGAACCUCCCGGACCAGCUGUGAUUUCUGCUCUUUCUGAGGGUCUCAUGUAUGCAAACAGAUUUCAGUUUCUUUGUGUCUAUAUCCCAAUAGACCUCUGUCCACCCAUUUUUUCUGAGUUUUUUUCGGUGCUUGCUUCACUCAAAAUUGUAGUCAGGACAGAUGAUUUUUUGGUUGCCUAGCAACAAUUAAAAAAGAUGCAACAAGGUGCAAAAAGCGCUCCGUGAAAACGGGGGUGGCCUCAACCAAAUAGGCAGUCUUUUUAUUUUAAGUUAUGCAUAUUUUAAAGCUUGACAGCUUGAGUGACAGGCUGUCACCAAGGCAUCGCCUCAGUCUAAAAAUCAGAUCCACCUCUUGCUCCUCCACAGCUUCAACCCCUCAUUCAAACAUGGUCACUUUUAACUCUUGAAAAAAAAACAAAACAAUGAGUGACAUCCCGGUAGAUGCAUCCAUUAUUUAAACAGCCUAUGGGUGUAGCUUGCAUUUUGCAUGUUGCAAAAAGCGAGGGGCACUGUCUCAUGUGGCACUCUGUCUGAUCAGGACCUUAGUGAGUAAAUAAAUUUCCUCCCUUUGAAAUUAUGCUGUAAUUUUCAUAGAAUGUCUUUCAUUGUGAAAUGCUAUUUUUUAAGGUUUAGUGUAAAAUGGGACAGAAAGUUUUAAAUAGAUAGCAGAAGGCAAUUGCACCUCAAGAUUGCAACCCCAAACACUUCACCUCCAAGCACGUUUAACAUGAGAAUCAUGUUCAUCCCUAUAUAUACUGUAUUUAUAUAUACUGUAUAUAGAACAAUGACAACAAUCAUAAGACGUGGAAAAGAAGUAGAUCAGGUACAUCAAUGUUUAUAUCUAACAAAACUGCAAGAGAAACCAGAACGUUACAAAUCUUUUUACUGGACAAUGUAAGUCUGUGUAUAUUCUUACACACUGAGCACGUCACACAAAACUACGGAAAGAAAACUUUGCAUCUUCUGCAUCCCCAGCUCACACUUCAAAAAGCUUUCUCUCCAGGAUUUUGCCUUCCACUUUAUUUUCCUCUGUUUUCCUUUCAAUGUCAUGCACGUGUAGCAGGUUUGAAAUAAAGUACUUAAGCAGAUGGGCUA